AUGGCCGGACAUGGCAACGACGUGCACGCCGUGGUGCCCCACAAAGCCCAUGCGAAGACCGGAUUAGCAGCGUUCUGGGCAGCAGUUCUGAAAUUGGUUUUCCGACUCAGGUAUCUUGGCCUUUUCGGAUAUUUCCUUGAGUGGCUGCUGGAGGCUUGUCAUUCCAGCGGCAAGUUGCACAAGCUUUUGCACCCCAUCAACACGCCGAAGUUCCACCUCUUGGCCAUCACCAUGGUUUUGGCAGGUCAUGUAGCAGAGCAUCUGCAUCAAGAAGAGGAAAACCACCAUCAAGAGGCCCAUCUCGAAAACCUUCGUGCCGAGCUUCAAAAGUUGCGCCACACUGACUAG